AUGAGCGACACUGAGAAAGAGUUCAGAGAAAAGGAGCCACAGCCUGGCUCGGGGAGUUCGUCCCCGCGGCGAUCGGCCAAAUCCGCCAGCCGUUCACCGGCACGGUCGAAGGACGGUUCCAACCGCUCUGGGUCCAGGUCUCGCUCAAGAUCUAGAUCCAAAUCCAAAUCGAGGUCCCGUUCCCACCGGAGCUCGCGCAGGAACUAUUCCCGUUCUCGCUCCCGCUCCCGUCGUCGCCGUUCCCGAAGCCGAUCCGGCAGCCGGAGGAGGAGCCACAGCCGCUCGCCCAUGUCCAACCGCCGCAGACACAUUGGCAACAGGGCCAACCCUGACCCAAACACCUGCCUGGGCGUGUUCGGGCUGAGCCUUUAUACCACCGAGCGGGACCUGCGGGACGUGUUCUCCAAGUACGGCCCCCUGGCGGAUGUCAACAUCGUUUACGACCAACAGUCGCGGCGCUCCCGGGGCUUCGCCUUCGUCUACUUUGAGAACUACGAGGACUCCAAGGAGGCCAAGGAGCACGCCAACGGAAUGGAACUGGACGGCCGGCGAAUCAGAGUGGAUUUCUCCAUCACCAAACGAGCGCACACCCCCACUCCUGGCAUCUACAUGGGACGGCCCACAUACGGUGGCGGCGGCGGAGGUGGCGGAGGCGGUUCCUCCAGGCGCAUGUCGCGGGACUACGACCGAGGCUACGACAGAGGUUAUGAUCGAGGUUACGACCGGGACUACGAUCGCUACGAUGACCGGGAGUACCGGUCGUACAGACGAAGAUCUCCAUCACCGUACUACAGCAGGGGAUACCGCUCUCGAUCCAGAUCACGAUCCUACUCCCCACGUAUGUUUAUUUUUACGCUGUGUUCAGACCGGACGCAUUUUGCCGUGCGACAUCGCGUCGCUCGCCCUAUGACUGUCACCAAAUAUAGUUUUCGUGUUUACACCGACCUUUGUCGCUAA